AUGUUGGGCAUGUAUGUGCCAGACAGGUUUUCUCUGAAGUCGUCCCAGGUCCAGGAUGGAAUCGGUCUGUACACGGCGCGGCGGGUGAAAAAGGGAGAAAAGUUUGGCCCCUUUGCUGGUGAGAAGAAGCUGCCCAGUGAGCUGGAUGAAAGCUCGGACACCAGGCUGAUGUGGGAGGUCCGUGGCAGUAAAGGAGAUGUUCUGUAUAUCCUGGAUGCCAGUAAUCCACGCCAUGCCAACUGGCUGCGGUUUGUCCAUCAGGCACCUUCGCAAGAGCAGAAGAACUUGGCAGCUAUACAGGAUGGAGAAAACAUCUUCUACCUGGCUGUGGAUGACAUUGAAACAAACAUAGAGCUCCUUAUAGGCUACCUGGACAGUGAUAUGGAGGAAGAGGAGGAGGAAGAAGAGGAGGAGUUAAUCAAAGAUGAUGAUGAGAACAGUAAAGACUCCAAGCAUCUUGUUGAAAUGGGUACAAAGGAGGACCACCCCUGCUUGCUGUGUGAGAGCAGUUUUCCCAGUGAGGAGAUUCUGGCCGCCCACCUCCAGAGUCUGCACCAGAGGCCCAGCACGGAGGAGAAGGAGUUCAAAUGCAGAAACUGUGGCAAGAAGUUCCCCAUCAAGCAGGCUCUGCAGCGCCAUUAUGAACAGCAUAAGGAAGCCUGUAGAGGAGAUGCCAGGUUCAUCUGUAAAGCCGAGAGCUGCGGUAAAAGAUUCAAGAGCAAGGACGCCUUGAAGAAGCAUAAAGGAAAUGUUCACACAGGCAGUGCACGGCGGAAACUCACAUGCACCAUAUGCAACAGGAAAUGCUCGUCCUCUCUGAAUCUUCAAGAACAUAGAAAGGUACAUGAAAUAUUUGACUGCCAUGCGUGUGAUAAAAAGUUCAUUUCGACAAAUCAGCUGAAGCGCCACAUGAUCACACACUCAGAGAAGCGACCGUAUACCUGUGAGAUCUGCAGUCGCUCGUUCAAGCGUCUGGAUCAGGUGACAGCUCAUAAGAUCAUCCACAGCGAGGACAAACCGUACAAAUGUAAGCUGUGUGGGAAGGAGUUUGCUCACCGCAACGUCUACAAGAAUCAUAAGAAGACCCACUCCGAGGAGAGGCCCUUUCAGUGUGAGGAGUGCAAAGCUCUGUUCCGAACCCCCUUCUCUCUGCAGCGUCACCUACUCAUCCACAAUAGUGAAAGGACAUUCAAGUGUGACCAGUGCGAUGCGACCUUCAAGAGGAAGGACACGCUCAACGUGCACAUCCAGGUGGUGCACGACGGCCACAAGAAGUAUAAGUGCGACCUGUGCGAGAAGGCCUUUGUCACUCCGUCGGUCCUCAAGAGCCACAAGAAGACACACACAGGGGAGAAGGAGAAGAUUUGCCCGUACUGUGGACAAAAGUUUGCCAGCAAUGGCACGCUAAGGGUCCACAUCCGAAGCCAUACAGGUGAGCGUCCGUACCAGUGCCCUUACUGUGACAAGGCAUUCAGCAAGAACGAUGGUCUGAAGAUGCACAUCCGCACACACACUCGUGAGAAGCCCUAUAAAUGCAGCGAGUGUAACAAAGCAUUUAGCCAGAAAAGAGGACUUGAUGAACACAUGAGGACACACACAGGAGAGAAACCUUUCCAGUGUGAUGUGUGUGACCUGUCAUUCAGCUUGAAGAAGAUGCUCAGCAGACAUAAGCUGACGCACAACCCGAACCGGCCCAUGGCAGAGUGCCAGCUGUGCCAUAAGAAGUUCACCAGGAACGACUACCUCAAAGUACACAUGGAGAAUGUCCACGGGGAAACGGAGAGCUAGAGGCAAUUAUUGAAACACUGGCUGAGAGCUAAAGAUAUUUGAUUGCGCAGAUAAAGUUCAGUCUCGUGCUUCAUGCAGCCGGUUUGGCCUCUACAUGCUGUAUACACAGAUGGAUAGAUAGCAGGAACCUUGUUAUUAAACAUACAUACAUGUAGGAUAUGGAAAACAUUAGGGAGAGUUUUUUUGACGUCCAAGCAAAGACUGUACAUUUGUAAUUUUUUUUUUUGUCGUACUGUUUUUGAACAAACAAAAUUCCAGAUAUGCUUGAUCUGCCUCCAAAUCGCUGUGUCUGCCCACAGGGGAAAUGAAACGUCUGACAUGUCACUCACAGUUUUUUUUCUGAUUUCUACCCGGUGUUACUGUCGGCACGGCUGCACCCUGACCUCCCUCACUGUAGCAUUUACUGAAGACCUUACUGUAAAUCUGUGGCCAGUUGCCAAGUUAAAAACAAAACACAAGACCAUAGAUAUUUCAGCGCACUUUGUUUUUGUUCACUUAAUACAUGUUUACAUCUCUUACAUUUUACAGCUGUUCUUUUGUUUCCAAACAUGUUUACUGUUGACAUCCCGUUAGCCCCCGGAGUGUUCUUUUAAGACAUGUUGCUCCAUUUAUGAUUUUACAAAUAUCAACGUUGUUUUGGAGAGGGAGACCUCUGAAGACAGCUCAGCUAUAAAUGUUUUUAUGUACAUGGAAGCUAGAAAGUACGAGUAUGCCGUCUGUUCAUGCUUCUUUUCAAAUAAAAACUGAAGGGCUUCAUGUUUGUCACACCAUGUGAUAGAUUGUGGGA